UACACACGGUAGGCCUCUCAGUUUCAGUUCGGUUACUUGCUCCUUCUAGCGGUAGGUAGUGGUGCGCUUUUUUACACUCUGUAGGGGUGAGAUAGAUGAGUAGAUGGGAAAAAAAGAGAGACGCGGAAUUAAAAGAAAGUGAAAAGGUGUGAUAAAAAUUAAAAUCGGAACAUUAGCUUAUAAGAGGAAACGGGGGAACCAAGAAUAUCGAAAACGAGAGGCUACUGAGGAAAAAGGAACGGAAAAAGGGAGCACAAUUACGAAUAAGAAGAGAUCGAAGGGGUGCAAGAUUACGAACUUCCGGAGUCUGAAGAAACAGCCAGAAAACUUGCGAUCUCUGUCUCGAGAACAUCUUCCCAUUCUUCUUUGUCAUCCCUCGUCGGUGGCGCGUAGUUGGGGGAUGAUGUCUCGCGGCGGUGGUCCAAGACGAGAAUCGUAAAGCGCAUUUAUUUUCAAUGAAUACACGCGUAAUAUACACAUAUAUAUGUACACACAUAUCGUCAUGGCAGAACGGAGGUGACCGGAUGCCGGGCGGUGCAGUGAUUCGAUUGAUUCGCUGAAGAGUGUUCGUGGCUUCCACCGAACUUCCGAGUGCCGCGUUAAGCGAAUGUACGUGUGCGUGCGUGCGUGCGUUUGUGUCUCUUGCUACGUGCGUACGUGCGUGCUUGCGUGCUUGCGAACGAGCGCCAAUCGGGGCCUUAUUACAGUGAUCCCUUAAGCGCUCGCUUGUGUACGUGCGCGGCUCGCGAAGGAAGAAAAGGCGGCGGGUUUAUCUCGGCUAGUUUAUCCGAGGUGGUCCAUCCAAGUGAGAGCAUCAUCGUCGUGUCAUCAUCGUCAUCAUUCUCUCGUCAUCAGCCCCCAUCUGCGCGCUGUCGCAUUUCAAUCAGCGUAACAUCAGAGGAAGCCACGGCCGGACGCGCGCGCCUCAUUGAGCUUUCUUCGAUUCUUGGGGUGGGAAAUCGCAGGGAUUGAUCGAUUUCGGGAAAGAGACCGAGGAAGAGCGACAGAGAGAUACGGUGGAGAAGCGACGAGGCGGACGAGCGUCCGGAGACUGCGGCGACGCGCUUGACCGAGAAGCGACAGCGGCGGCGACUCUCGAUCGGCCGAGAGAGGAGGUGGCGAGACCCCGACGAAGAUGAUGUUCGGUAGGAUCAGACGAGAGGAGAUCUUCUCCGGCAAUGGCUGAUCGCCGCGAUGCCCGCGGCGUAUGAGCCGCUUUAUCGUGCGACAACGACGACAACUUCAGCAUCAUCAUCAUCAUCAUCCUCCUCCUCCUCAUCAUCAUUAUCUUCAUCAUCAUCAUCAAGGUACCGAAUUCGGGGUCGAGUGGAGUACGAAGGAUGAAGGGACGGUCCCUCGUGCCGCGAAGCGAGGAACCGCUGCGUUGUCGCGAGUGAAUCGCGAGCGGUGCCGAGAAGUGUGACAGUUUGCAGCAGCAACAGCAGCCAAGCUGCAGCGAACGCGCGUCGAGGGAGAAAGAGAGUGCGGGAGAGUCAAGUGGACGCGCGUCACUUCCGUAAACAAUCAUGAGCAAGGGUGAGUGAACGUCGAGUUCGCCGCGGUAGUGCCGCGAUCGGAUCUUCAGUGGAAGAAGUUUGCCUGGUCAGACGAAACGGUGGUUCUUGAACCGCCAAGGUUCGCUAAUCCCUGCCUUAGACUACUGCGACGGUUUCUCCGCGAGAUAACGAUACCGCGAGGAAUACAGUGUCGACAAAGUUGCCGAGUGUUUGCGGGAGGAUCAAUGAAGACUAACUCGAUCCUCUCGAGAUAACAGUGAGUGAAAUUGAAGAGUGCGUUUGCCAGUUUUUCCUUCUUCCUUUUCCUUUUACCAUAUCCUCAAGUUCUGAUUUAUGCGAUAAGCUCUCCAAGGGAUUCGGUCGACGUUGAUCAGACAAGUCUGAUACGACAUGAGACAUAAAAUGCAACGCGCUCGUUCCAGCCGGAUGGAAAUUGGCAUCUCGGUUCCGAUUAAUCGCGAUUCCCUAGUACUCUUGAUAAUAUCCUGCGCGACCUUGGAACCCGUGUACACCAAGUAACCGGGUUCGCGUUGUAAUACCCAAAAGAGCUCGCUCUCGAAAGAAGAAAAAGAGACCAGGCCAAUUCGACCCUGACGAAAAGGUGGAGAAGGCAGGGGUGGAGGUGACGAGAAGGAAGUGGCAGCGCCAAGGUGGUGGAGGAACUUCCUUGGCGGUCGCCGAAACGAAGAGGGAAACGUAUGCGUUUGUAAUUCGGCUUCGUGGCUGCCUUCGAGGAUGAGCGACGGCGGUCAUGCCGUGUAAUUCGAAGGUGUACCACGCCACCGUCGCAUCGUGCACGAACGUCGCCGUCGUCGUCGUCAUCGGCGCCGCCGUCGCCGUUGUCGUCGUGGUGAAGCUGAGAUUGGGACACGGCAGAGUCGCAGAGACACCGCCGGAAAGAUGAGCUCGAUCGACUUCGACGAGGUGCUGGUACACGUGGGCGAGAAGGGCCGAUACCAGAACAUCAUGUACUACUUGCUGUGCAUACCCGCCACCCUGCCGGCUGCUUUCCUCGCGUUCUCGCAAGUGUUUGUGAGUGCCUCGCCGGAACACUGGUGCAGGAUACCUGAACUGGAGAACCUGACUGACUUGAUGUCGUUGGAGGAGAUGAAGGCGCUCUCGCUGCCUUACACGGUCAAGUCUGGCAAGAGAGUUUACUCCAAGUGUGACAUGUACGACGUGAAUUACACGGACAUAAUCGACUCGUGGCUACGAUACGCCGACGAUCUGCAGAACGUCACCGACGACUCGUCCACGUCGACGACGACGUUUCAACCGUCGACGACGACGUUUCGGUCGCCGCCUAUCAGCAACCCUGACUGGCCGGUCACCAAGUGUCGACACGGAUGGAACUACGAUACCAGGGACUACGACAGCACCCUCGUCACCGAGCUAGACCUGGUAUGUGACAACAGUUGGUGGCCUUCCACAUCGACGACUUUCUUCUACGUAGGCAGCCUCUUCGGCAACGUCGUCUUUGGUUGGAUCGCCGACAAAUGGGGCAGAAGAACGGCCUUCUUCGCCAUCCUAUUUCUCGAGGUGAUAUUCUCCAUCGCCACGAGCUUCAGUCCGAAUUACGUGAUCUAUACCGCGUUGAGGACUGUGAAUGGUCUCUUUUUUCCUGCCAUUUAUCAGAUACCUUUUAUACUUGCUCUCGAACUGAUGGGACCAAGAUAUCGAACAUUUGCCGGAAUGGUAAUCUGUAUGUUCUUUGCUACGGCAAUGUCUCUUCUGGCGUUGCUGGGUUAUUUGUUAAGGAACUGGUACACCUUAUCGUUAGCCACAUCGGUGCCUUUCAUUCUUCUCUUCAGUUACUACUGGAUCAUCCCCGAGUCACCGCGGUGGCUUCUCAGUAAAAACAGAAUAGACGAGGCGGAGGUGAUCGUCCAGCAUAUGGCAAAAGUCAACGGCAAAACAGUGCCUACGAACUUUCUCCGAAAAAUGGAGGUAGAAAUAUUAAAGAGACAAGGAAUAUCGUGUAACGGUAAGAAUUCCAACGACAGCAACAUCGACGUGGAGGGCGAAAACAGACAGCCGCCGUCUUCUGCGACCCCCAUGGACCUGAUCACGAAUCCGAACAUCAGGAAGAAAUUCUUCAUUCUCGCUUUCGAUUGGGUGGCGAACGCGGUGGUCUACAACGGACUGUCCUACAACACGACCAACCUAGGUGUUUCCGAUUAUCUGGCUUUCUUCAUCGGAGGCAUCGUAGAGAUUCCAUCGUACUUCAUUACGUGGUACGCGAUGGAUAGAUUGGGCAGACGAUGGGUACUGUGCGUGACGAUGAUGCUGGGUGGGCUCGCUUGCGUGUCAUGUAUGUUCGUGCCCGAAGACGCGGUCUGGGUGACCGUAAGCCUGGCGAUGAUCGGGAAAUUCGGCAUCGCCGCGUCCUUCGCCGUCUUCUACGUCUUCGUCGGCGAGCUCCUGCCGACCGUGCUGAGGUCCCAGGCGAUGGGCAUAGCUUCCUUCAUCGCCGGCAUCGGCCUCCUCACCUUUCCCUACAUCGUUCAUCUCGCGGUCUACUCGAGAGUCCUACCCCUGAUCGUGAUGGGCUCGCUGAGCGUCGCCGGUGCCCUCACUUCCGUCUUUCUGCCGGAAACGCUCAACAUCCACCUGCCGCAGACGAUCGAGGAGGGCGAGCAGUUCGGGGCUGAUUUCAAGCUGUGGUCCUGCCCGACGAUACCAAAAAAAGGUUCCAGCAAGUCCGAGACCGUGCCUUUGAGGUUUCUGGUGAACGGUGGACCGGGUAGUCGUUCAUCUACCUCGAAGAACGCGUCGCAAGAAGUCGCGACUACAUCGGAGGGCGAGAAGCCAGCUGCCAUGCUGCCCUUGAAGGAAGAAGAGGCGAGGAACUUAAACGUGUCCAAGGGAGAGGAGCUGACGAACAUCGAGACGGUUGUCGGGUCAAAGACGUGUUGCGCGAUAGUGGAAGUGAACGUGUGCCGGAAGUCACAAUGAACCGAGAGAGAGAGAGAGAGAAAAACAGUCUUAUAAAUUGAUUCUCUUUACAAACGUGUUAUAUACAGUGGCGCCGACUUGGGGGGAGGAGAAAUAAUGUUUAACGAUAAAAAACGCUCAUUAUGCUUAUGGAAUGCUCGUUAAGCAUCAUGUUGCGAUUUCAGACACACCUUUGACCUAUAUUUUGACUUUCUACAUAUUUCUAUCCCCCAUCUCUCGAUAAUGUAAAGGCUAUUUUAAAAAAAAAGUUAUUUGAAAUGCUUGUCUUUUGUCCCCUCCCAAUAUUUUUCUCAAGUUGCCGCCACUGGUUAUAUAAUUAUCAGUAUAGACACACACACACACAUUGUAUUUAUUUUUCCAUUUAUUUUAUUAUAAUGUACUUCCUUUGUAAAACCUGCCCGAGUUUGUCGACAACACUGGUACGGCUGGAUCCUUGUCUUUUUUUUGCAAGAGAGUGUGCUGUCGUAAUGUAUGCGUGCGCGUGAUUGAUAUGCGUGUGAAUUCAAGGAUCAACGCCAUGAGAACUUUAAACGCCUAUACUUUUUUAUGUUUUUGAUUAGACGUGAAUUUUGCAUUUUGUCCUUACGUUAUCGAACAAGUCUCGUUGUGAUUUCAGUUAGUUUAAAUAAAAUAUCUUAAUACCUA